UUUUUUGUCAUUUUUAGACCUUAAACGCCGUCUUUAGAAAGCCCACUCACAAAUGAUAUGUCUAAAGGUAUAUCAGAUACUCUAUGAGAACUAGGAAGCUUAUUAGAGACAUGGUUUCGUCUAUGAACAAAGUUUAUUUACAAGUUGUUGGUUGUGAAACGAUUGACACCACUGCAUCUUUCUUGUUGUUCACUGACAGCAAAAGGUAUCUGUUCAACUGUGGUGAAGGCACUCAACGACUUUUCAAUGAAAACAAGCUUCGCUUUCACAAACUAAACAACAUAUUUUUUACAAGAAUAUCAUGGGAUACCCUUGGAGGUCUGCCGGGAAUGACCAUGACUUUAAGAGACACUGGGAGAAUCAAUCUUGGUAUAUAUGGACCAAAUCAUUUAAAGGAUUUCAUUUAUGCAACAAGACAUUUCAUGUUCCAAGAAAAACUACAAUUAGAAUGUACUGAAUUUGUGAAUUGUGAAGAUAAAUUUCAAGAUGAAAAUAUUACUGUCUGUCCAGUGGUGUUAUCAGGAAAACUAAAAGAAUCAGAGUUUUCAAAAGAGAAAGAUUUAGAAGAAAACCCUACCAAACGAAUGAAAACCAGUCAAGUUGAAAACAUUGUAAGCUACAUCUGUUCACUUCCAUCAUUACCUGGCAAGUUUCUGGUAAACAAGGCCAAAGAACUAGGUGUACCAAAGGGUCCUCUGUUUGGAAAACUGAAGUGUGGUGAGGAUGUUAUUCUUGAUAAUGGGAAAAAGAUCUUAGCCAAWGAUGUCACRGAACCAACUCAGCCUGGGCCAGUCUUCUUCAUUAUUGAUUGUCCUUCUACAGAGUACAUACCAAGUUUAAUCCAAUCAGAACAGUUUAAUGUUUACAAACAGCCUUCCCAUCAGCCAUGCUUGGUUGUACAUCUUGUCCCAAUGACAGUUUUUGACAAGCAUGAGUAUAAACAAUGGAUAAUGAGUUUUGGUGAAUCAGCCAAUCAUUUGCUAAUUAAUAAAGAUGCAUGCAGUAGACCUACAAUAUUUCAAUCCCAAGCAAAGAUUCAAGUAAAACUACAUACUAUUGAUAAGGACUUGUUUCCUCUCCUUUAUUCUUCACAAAACCCUCUCCACGAUCCUGGUCUUUUACCAAUCAACACUAUUCCAGGAAGAAGUCUACUCAAGUUUCACCUUAGGCCUCAGAAACUCCAAGGAUUUGACACUGUUGAUAUCCCAACAGAACUUGAUACCGACACUUUAAUGACAGAAACUGUCAAUACUAUCAAAGAUACUAAAAAUGAUGAACACAUUGCUUUACUAAACAGAAAUCCAAGAGUACAAACAAUACUUAAAACUUUAGAUAAAGACACCAGUGAAAGAACAGAGCAAGGAAAUAUUUCACCAGUGUUGCAUUCUUGUGAAGAUAAUGCUAAAGACAAUAAUUCAACAAGUUUGAUUUGUAUAGAUGGACAGUCAAGAUGUAGACAUGACAUAGCUUCACUUAAUGAUGACUUUCAAGUUGUUUUUAUUGGUACUGGUGCUUCUUUGCCUUCUAAAUACAGAAAUGUUAGCUCAACAUUGCUACAUACAAGCAGUCAAUCAAGCACAAUUCUCCUUGACUGUGGAGAAGGAACACUAGGACAGUUGUACAGACACUAUGGCAACAACAUGGACAACAUAAUUAAUAAUGUUAAUUGUAUAUUUAUAUCACAUAUUCAUGCCGACCACCACUUAGGAUUAAUACGAGUUCUUCUUCAUAAAAGGAGACUAAAAAAGGAAACAAGUGAUUCAACACCAACAAUUGUGAUUGGACCAACAAAGAUCAAGUUAUGGCUGCAGGAAUACAGUUCUUUGUUUGAAUACUUUGAUUACAGAUUUGUUAAUUGUAAUGARAUAGCCAGUGAUGGUCAUGAGUUCAUGGAAUUGUUUAAGCAGACUCAAGCUUUAGAGUUAAGAGCCGUUCCUGUUGUUCAUUGUGCUGAUGCCUAUGGUUUAGUAUUCAAACACAUCAAUGGCUGGAAAGUUGUUUAUUCUGGAGAUACAAGACCUUGUUCAUCUCUAGUCAACGCAGGCCACGAUGCAACUCUUCUCAUUCACGAAGCAACAUUCGAAGACGAACUCCAGGAAGAAGCAUUGGACAAGAAGCAUUGUACAACUACAGAAGCUAUCAACAUUGGCAGAGACAUGAAUGCUGGCUUUAUUAUGUUAAAUCAUUUCAGUCAGCGGUAUCCCAAAAUACCUGUCAUUAGUGAACGGUUUACUAAGCAUACUGGGAUAGCUUUUGACCACAUGAGGGUAAGAACUGCAUAG